AUGUCUACCUAUGAUAAAUCUAGCUCGGGAAGUGAACAAACUGUGACCGAUGCUAACGUGAGUUGCGAUGAUACUUGUGAGAAAAAAGAGAAAAAAUUGAACAGAAAAGUGUGUUUUCCUCAUGAUGACCACCUUGUCACGCAGUACUUCGAGCCUGCCAACCCAUGGCAAGACAUACCAAACACAACGCGCGCACAGCUGGCAGCGGAGUAUCUGGAGUCCUGCAGAUGUCACGGCACCCCGCCUAUUGAUUCCGUGCUGGAACAGAUACGGGAACUCCCAGAUAACACAAUCGGUGGGAGCACACGGGCGCCCCGCCUCGCUCUCACUGACUGCUCGCUACUCGGCACUACGCCUACAGACGCUCUCGAAGCGUUGCUCAGGAAGGUUCAGUUCAGACGGUUGGAGAUAGACCACGCGGAUAUUGAUGAUGAGGGGGCGGAAGCGUUAUUCGAUAUGGUAGAAUAUUAUGAAAGUACAAAUGCGAUAUCUAUCAUUGGGCCGAGGCAGUUUGGUAUACGCGGGUGGCAGGCGGCUUCAAGGAUGAUAAAAAAGAGCUCGGAGCUGAGCGAGCUGGAGGUGUGCUCGGACGCGCUGGAGGCGACGCACGCGCCGGCGCUGGCGCGCGCGCUGCGCCCCGCCGCCUGCCGCCUGCGCGCGCUGGCGCUGCGCCGCGCCUGCCUCGCCGGCGAGGCGCUGCUCUGUCUCGUGAUAGCACUGAAGACGAACACAUCAGUUCGGGAGUUACGGUUGGAUGAUAACAACCUGACGCCCUCGGACGCCUCGCAGAUAGGCAACCUGCUCCGCUACAAUACCAGGAUACAGCUGCUCGAUCUGUCUAAUAAUAUGAUACAGGACUCAGGACUUGGUCAUAUAGCAGACGCUUUAGUGGAACAAGCGGCUCACUCUCCACCUUCUCCCUCCACAACUCCCACCACGAGUAAGACGGGCGGCUGCGAGUCGAGGGGUCUGGCUUUUUUGGUUCUAUGGAAUAAUCAGUUGACAAGGAACUGUGUGAAUCAUUUAACUAAAAUAAUGCGUACAACCCAAUCCCUCUGCGUGCUGAACGUGGGUCGCAACGCGCUGGGCGCGGACGUGGUGCGCGCGCUGGCGGCCGAGCGCUGCCCGCUGCUGUCGCUGGGCCUGCAGGCGGCGCGCGUCGGCGCCGACGCCAAGGCGGUGGCUCAGCUGAUACGCGGAGAGGGCAGGCUGCAGAGGCUCGAUCUCCGCGAUAACAAAAUAGGCGUGGCGGGUCUGCAGGCGAUAUUGAGCGCUAUGAAAGAGAACACAACGCUGACUCAGAUUGAUUUAGACGAUCCCCCUGAAUCAAACUCCACCACCGCCGGCCCAGUAACGGCGCAGGCUUGCACGGAGGCGGCGGCGGCGGCGCGCCUCGUACGGGACAUUCGCAGCGCCGCGCGCCGCAACGAGCCCCCGGCCUCCGCCCCCGCCGCGCUCAUGCGCAAGAUCAGCCUCACAUGUCACACCGCAACACACAUACGGAAUAUCCCAACAGAGGAAGAGCGUCGCGGCCGCCUGCGCUCGCCCGCGCCUUCGCCCGCGCCCUCGCCCGCCGGCAGCCCUAUACCCGCACCCUCUAGGUUCUCGGUGAUACCGGUGACACCAGACCGAGUGUCCGAGAGUCCGAGCGCUUCGAGAACAUACUGUCCGACACCUUCGAGAUUCAAAGUUGUACAGGUAGCAGAGCCUCCACAAAUAAAAGUGCAACAAGCACCAAGGAAAACUUCCUCGAGAUUUUCUGUCACGAGAAACUACGACUCGAUAUAUAAUCCCACUCUACCCCCCACUUCGCCCUCUCCUUCUCCUUCUCCAUCCCCAGAUAUAAGCGAGACCAAAAAUGAUGCAACUCUCAGCGAUGAGAAAGAGAAAACAGUGUUCGAAUACAAAGAUGUCAAAACGUCCAAAGCAAAUGUAGAGGAAAGUGUCAAAAUAGAAGCGGCUGUCAAUGAUUUUAACCGCAAAAAUGUUAAAAGUGAUGAAGUAUUGGUAGAUGACGUGUUUGAAGCGAAAAGUGAAAGAAAAGAUGACAAAUUAACAAUGAAUAUAAAAACAAAUGUUUGCGAUAAAGUUGAAGUGAAAAAAGAUAAUGAUAAAGAUAAAAGUAUUGAAGAUAUAAAUAAAGUGACAGGCAUACAUACAGAUGUACAUAAAAAUGUUAAGACUGUUCAAAAAAAAGAACCUGAUUACGUUGUUAGUAAAACUGUUGUAAUCCCAAGAACACAUAUUCGGAAUGUUGUGACACAAACUGAGGAAAUAAUGACUGACUUCAUCAUUCAAAUUGAAGUUCCCGAUGAAGUCCGUGAAGUGAAACAUAAAACUGAACUUCACAAAACUGAUGACAUAUUGAAAGAAACGCAAUCUGUGAUAAUUGGUCCCGAACAAUCUUCUUCGGGCCCUGGAGUUUCUGAAUUUAGUGAAAUUCAAAUUGAAGUCGAUGAAGUGUCAAGUGAAAGUGUGAAUAGUGAUGUGAAAAGUGCGAACGAUUCGUUGAACAACGAAAUCAUUGUUGAUAGUGACUUAGUUAAGACUAGUGAUGUAAAGGACAAACAUGAAAUUAUUGAUAGGGAAUAUGGUGAUACUAUCUAUUUGUCUCAUAAUGAGACCAUAGACUAUGAAAAUAUAGAGACUAAUAUAGUUAAAGCAUUAGAUAUUAGUGACACAGAUAAAAAAGAAAAAGAUAACAGUGCAACCAAAGUACAUUGCGACCAAAAUGUAAAUAUUUUAGAUGAUAAGCCAAAUGUUGUAGACGUUAAAAGUAUAGAUACAGAAGAUAUCAAAAGUUUUAAUAAUCUGUCGUCGAAAAAUCUAGAUUUAGAUAACAUUGUACCUGUUCGUGAUAGUGUAAUAUUAAAAAAAAAUAAAAGUGAAUCUAGCCUGGAUAGUCCUGAUCUAGAAGUUUCAAGACUAAUGCGGAAACCAAGCAGUGCCUUCUGUGACAGUAGCUCUUCCCUAGAAAUUUCUGGAAGUUCGGUCGAAAGUUUGAACGAGGGUAGAUCGAAAAUGCCCGCUAGUAAUGAGAAUCGAUCGAUAUCUAAAGACAGCAGCGUCGAAUCGGCUAGUGAUGUGACACCGGUGAAUUUGAAUGUAUCGAUAAGUUCGAACGAAAGUGUCUCACCGCUUAGUUUUGGUAAUUUGAAAAAGAUUCACGGUUCGUUAUCGAGUUUGGAAGCGAGUGUUAGUUCAGUGGAUUCUGCUAAGCAGGAGAAGGUUAUGGUGACGUCAGCGGACUCCGGGAUUGAGUAUUCUUUGCAAAAUCCCUCGGAAAUCAAAGAGGAUGGCUCGUCUAACGAGGGUACUUUGACAUGCAGUUCCAGUUUGAGGGAAUCGGUGAAAAAGGACCAAGAAACGUUGACAUCUCCAAAACGGACGUCAAGUCUUUUGGACGUACCGGCUUUAAAAUCUAAGGGGUUAGAACGUAUGAGAAAAAUAUCGUGGGUGGCCCCUUCUGCGAGCUUCCACUUGCCAAAGCCAGAGGAAAAAAUAGAAUACAAACUGCCGACUAAUUUGGAAAAACUGCUAAGCUUAUUCCAACAUCCCAGCAGUCUUUUUUCAAGGUCGAGCAGUGAUGAUGAAAAGAAGUCGGCAUCGAACACACCCCCAAGAAAAGAUUCCUCUCUAACCAGUUCUUUUUGGUCCUGGGGUAGUGUUACGGAGAAAACUGACAAAGAAGACACAGACAGUUUGUCCGAAGCGACAGAUUCGACUCUCUCCGAGAGAGUUCAAGUUUCAUUUGUUGAUGAGUCGUUUUCGAGAAAACUCGAUAGCAAAACACCCUCAACCGAUACGGACACGUUAAGCGAGUUCCAAUUUCCGAUGAACUCUGAAAAUGCAAAAGUUACCGAAAAAACCACCGAUGUUUUAGUACAAAAAUGUUUAGCUUUAAGCGAUAAAAUGGACACGCCGGAAUGUGAUAAUAUUGAUCUCAUAAUGCCCAACGAAUUAAGAGUAUACGAUGAUGAAUCCAGCGAUAAGUCCGAAAAGAAAUCCGAAGAUUGUAGCGAGGCUACGUUAGUUAAGUUAGAAGAGAAGCCCACAGAUGUGAGACCGAGGUCAUUCGCGUCGGUUCUCAAAUCAAAUUCUGAAAACUCUAUGGAAAAACAAACAAGUCCUGAAACCGCCCAGCCAGUUGAUAAACUUCCUACAAAAGUAAUAAGAGGAAUUAAAGAAAAUAUUAGUCCUGAGAACACUCUAACGUCCAGCAUAGCAACAACAGCCUUAGCAAUGGACGUUACGGAUAGACAAAUUAAAAAUAAAUCGAUCACGGAGAAAUCUGACGAAAAACCCUCAUCCGACAAAGCUCCGAUUGCGAAUAUCGACGAAACUUGCGAUAUGGCAGCAGAUUUGAUACAGUUAGCCUAUAUUGACGACAAAGUUGACGAAAAAGACGAGAUGGACCCACAAAAAGAAUUGGAAAGCGUAGAUUUAGGGAAAGACGCAUUAUCAUAUUUAAUGUUCGAAAAUCAAGAGUUCGAAUCAACUAGUACGGACAAACAAGAAUCUCUCGCGCAAGAGUUAAUGGAUGCGGAAAUAAAAGAAAUGCUCGAUCUAUCUCCGGAAUUAAUAAUCGAUGAGGCUGUCGAAAUUCCAGAAAUAUUUACAGUGGAGAUCAAAGGUCGGAAAAGUUCGCCCAUUAUUCCGGAACGGGCGAAAAUUAAAAAGUCGAAUUCUCUAGAAGAUUUGAGCAAAAGGCCAGUUUUAGAAGAGAAGGAUAGUCCCAAAUUAAAAACUAUAGCUUUUAAAGUACCAGAGAGCACAACUCCGCGGGAUAUUCCGGAAAGACGAUCAAAAUUACGGUCUAGAAGUGGAUCUAGUCCGAAAUCUUUGCCAGAAAGUCUAAACAAACCGUGUCCUUUAACGAAAAUGGACACAAUAUUGAGUAAAAGAAAGAAGAAAGUGUCUUCACUAGGAAAAAUGGCGAGAGAUUCUCUUUUAGCGCUGAAUAUGAGUGAGGAUGAAAUAGCAGAGUUUAGACGAUCGUACAAAUUGACUUCAGUGGAAAGUCUGCGCUCGCUCGAAUCUGUGUCUGAAGACGCUAACUCUCAAAGUGGUACGUCUAUAGACUCAAGAUGCAAAGCAUGUCUUAGAACGUCUCAAGAGAGCCUAAUGUCCUUAGAUUCUAUAACAGAGGACUGUCGGUGCAUAGACGAGUGCGAAAAACGCCAGAAUAGA